AUGGAAGAUGAAGAUGAUGUUUACAGAAACUCCGCCUUGCCAGACCCAAGCCUGAUUGAGAAAGGUGUUGGAGACCGGGGCGAAAUCUCCGCAAAAGUUCGUCACCUGCUAUUCAUGGUAUUGACGUCAUCGAAAAUUAGACCGACUAGGUCGCCGCCGCGGUUACCAAGGAUCGCGAAAGCUGUGCAGGGGACCGAUCCAGACUGCGAAAAGUCGGUCAUCAGAACCUGA